UAACUCCAGCACGACCAAGGUGCACAAGACGGAGAAACAAGCUGUAGCACCACAUGGACGCGCUCUUCGAGCAACUCUCCUCCGUCGCCGACAUGGCUCUCGACGGCCGUGGCUUCGACCCGGCGCGGCUCGCCGGCGUCCUCGCGCUCUUUGAGGGCGAGGCGCGCGGCUCGUGGGCGGUGGCCGAGGCGGAGCACGAGGCGGUGGCCCGGGGCAGCGAGGCGGCCGUGGAGACCGCUCAGGGCCACCUGAACGCCGUCAUGGGCGCGGCCGUCGGCAAGUACCGCGGCUCGUCCGGCGAGGCCGACUCGCUGUCCGCCGCCACGGCGGCCAUGGAGCUGGCCUUCAAGGCGACGUCGUGAGAUCGCACGCACCGCAAGACUCGAUCGACAUGCUCCCAUGAGCAUGUACGUAUGUGCCUGCAUGGCUGGUCUAUGAGACUAUGACUAUGACUAUGACUAUUGACUAUGGUGUACUCGUAUGGACACCACACCAGCAAGUGAGCUAUGACUAUGACUAUGGUGUACUCGUAUGGACACCACACCAGCAAGUGCAGGAUGUUAUUGACCUCGUAGAGCGCCUGUGUUGUUGACCUCGUGUUCAUGGCUGUGCGCAU